CCGGUUCGAAACGUUGCCAGCCGAAAAGUCAGCGGGCCGCGGACGUCGAAUUUCCCCACAAAAACAACAAACAACACCAGAACCAGCAACUCGCAACUCGCAACCAGCAACUAGCAACUAUCAACAUUGGCAACAUAGUAAACACUCAACAGCAACCUUGCAUUUCGAGGGUUCCAUUAUGAUAUGAUAUUAGGAGCCCCCCACCAAAUUCGUAUUGUGAUUUUGUGCGGUGAUCAAUGUGCGAUCGGCAGUUCGAGGAGUAUCCCCAAAGAAUGCCGCGUUAAUUGAGCUGUACGUACAGCUGUAGUACAAAUUUGCAUAACCAGUGAGGAGGCAUAAACAAAUCUGGCCGGAGCGGUGUGGAGCGUCUUGGUUCACUGAUUUAAUGCCACAAACAGAUUGCAGAUUGUAGAAGCAGCCGCGCCCCUGCAACUUCAGCUGCAACUUGUGCAGCAACCACCUUCACCUCCACCUCGAACUCCAGUCUUUCUGCAUCUUGGUCUUGGUCUUGGUCUUGGUCAACCUGCUUGGAAGCUUGUUUCUGCGGAAGAGCUGCCGCCGGAGCGCCAGACCCGGCACAAAAAAAGAAGAGCUAAACUAAAAAAAAUUAAAAAAGAAAAAGAAAAAAAUUGAGAAGAAAAACACAUACAGAACAACGCUGCUGCUGCUGCUGCUGCUGUUGUCGACGUCUUUGGAAUUUUCUUUAAAAACAACGCGCUAAGAUUUACAACGCGGACCCAGGCAAAAAGUGUAAAAGGCAAGCAAAUGCAGCCGCGGUAAAAAAAAAAAAUUAGCGCAUACUGAAGUGUGUCCCAGUGUUUCGUGUGUGUGUGUGUGUGAGUGUGUGUGUUUCUGUUACCAAGUGUGCGAAUAGGAAAAAAAAACGAGCUGCCCAACUAAGAGAAAAAGUUUGAAAAGUGUCAAGCGAGCGGCUCGGUGGCGGCCAAUAACCCAACGACUGGCAUGCAAUUGCAGCCAGGCGACCCCGACGGGUUAAUUACCGUUAUCCUUGCAAUACAACAACAACAACAACAACAACUACAGCAGCCACUAAACGGUACUCAAGUUGUGGAUUACGUCUACGCCGUGUUGUCGCCGUGUGAAAGGACAACUGCAACAACACAGCAAACAUCUGCAGCAUCUGCAACAUCGGCCAUAAAAACCGCAUUGAACACAAGGCAAAGUCAAGUGAACAUUCCAAUUGGCAACGUAACGGGCUAAUUGGCACACCGGCCAAUCAAAACGAGCCAACAAAAUCGAAAAAAAAAAAACAAGUGAAGAAAAAGCAGCCGGCGAAAAUCCCAAUCCCAAUCCAUUCACCAUGCACCAAACGGAGGACUAACAAACAGCGGCGAUAACUGGCAAUAAGCGAGGAGCUUCAAAGGAUUCCACACCAGUUCCCCAUCCAUCCGGAAAGCUUCCCGCCCGUUCCACGGAAAACUCAAGGAAAAUGCCAUCCGUAGCGAACAACAACUACAGCAACGAUGCGCGUCUCAGUUACGUUGUAAAUCAAGUUGCAUCCGUAUCUGUAUCAUUAUCCGCAUCCGCAUCCGCAUCCGCCCUGCCCACCGCAUCCGCAUCCGCAUCCGCCUCCGCAUUUCCCACAUUCAGCCCGCCGCGAAUCGCGAGUCUGGUGGCCAGCAGCUCGGCGGAGGACCUGAGCACCUUUGGCGACGUGACUUUCGACAUCUUCGACGACGAUGACGACCUGUUCGGCUCGCCAAUGGCCUUCGAUGCCAGCGAACAGGGCUUGUGGAACGGCCGCUUCGUACCGCCACCGCCCCGCCCGCCCUUCUUCGUCGACGAGCCGGUGCUGAGCGACGGACUGACCACGUGUGAUUUAUGCUCCUGGGCGAUGCCCACCAAGAGCACCUUCAUGUUCGAGGGCACGAUAGAAAAGGCCACAGAACUGGGCUGGCCGCUGACGUUGAUCAUCGUGUCCGUGUUGUCGGCGUUGCUAGGCGCCAUCAUCAUGAUUGCCGUAGUCCGCUGCCGGCGCAAAAAGUCCUCCAACAAUCGCAACGACACGCACGUGCAGUGGUGGUCUCGCAACAAGCGCGCCCACGGCAACGGCCUGAGUGGUGCGGGCGGGCCGAGUGGGGCGGCGGGUGGUGCCGCCGGCAAUGGGCAGCACCACCACAACGGCAGCAGCAGCAAUAUAAACAACAACCACCUGAGGAGGAGCAACAUCUACACGGCCCACCCGGCGGACAGCAUACGAGGUCUGCAACCGCUGCCGGUGGUGCUGCCACUGCCGCUGCCACUGCCACUGCCCCACCCACCUUCUGGUGGGGCAUCGCCAGCGUCGGUCUCACCGUCUGCACCACAGCAACAACAGCAGCAGCAACAGCAGCUGCAGCAGCAGCAACAACAGUUGCAACAGCAACAGCAGUCGAACCACUACUUCCACCCAUACCAGCAGCAACAUCUGCACCACUCGCACACGCACCACCACCACACGCACCACCACGUGCCGCUGUACCCGCACGACUGCGACGAGGAUGCCGCCUACGAGGAGCCGGAGUACCACCAGCCCCAGCAGCUCCACUCGGCGAACAGCAGCAGCUCCAUCUCAUCCAUGGGAUCCUCGUCGCUCCCUCAAGAAGCUAGCAAUUCUGGGGCGAACACUGGCCACAACUGGCCACCAGGAGCCACCGCGGCCACCAUGGUCAUAGCCAGCUGAGAAACGGGCCAGAACUGCGCCUGGAUUUGGCAGCAGUGAGGUGCGAAUGUGUAUGUGACUGUGGAUGUGGAUGUGGUCUUUAGGCCCACUUAAGAUGCAGCGCACAUGGACAUGGGAGCGCAGAUCAUAAAGGGGAUUACACGUAACAAUUUUGUGAAGUUUAUUUUUGCCAGUUCAUCCAGGGACUCCCUAUCUGUGUAUGUGCCAGUGUAUCGGUGUGCGCUAGUGUGCGUGUGUCUGUGUCGCCAAUUGGGAAAACCGAAACGAAUUUAGUGUCACUUCCGUUUCCGUUUCGCAAACUAUCGAGGCAGACAGGCGAAAGAGGCGAUGGUUGAGAGGAGAGAGGGAAAAGGGGGAAAGCGGAGGGGGGAAUUGCGGUAUAUGGCCACAGGACAUGCUCUUUACAUGCCAUGCACGUUUUAUCCUUUAUUGCCGCUCGGCAUUAGAACAGGGAUUUCGUCGGAUUAAAGCAAAUAAAGGGCGUGCUUUCUGUUUGCACCCAACUGCCAACUUCCAACAUCCAACUGCCGACUGUCGAUGAUGCCACAAGUUUAAAACGCAAACACCCUGGAAAGUUUCGGGUACAUUGAUUACUGCCCUUCUGGGAUAUAUGAACCCUUGAAAAGGGUAUGCCCCAGUCGAUAUAGACGGCUCUCAACACUUACCACUUGUUUUUUGUUUAAAUAGACAUUUUCGGCUUGAGCUUUGUGGGCAAAUGUAUCCGAGCCACAUUCUGGGGACUGUUAGGGACAGGCAUUGAGCCACAACUUUGUGGCUUUUCACUUCAUUCCGCUCUUGUUUUGGCCAUGACGAGAGCAAAUGGCUUCUGGUUGAAACAAAAACUAAGGCAAAAAAAAAAAAAAACGAAGAACGUUGGGGCGAAAAUUGAAGAGAAAGUCUGGCAGAAAAACAAACUCGCUAUAUCAUCUGCUAAAUCAUUAAUCAAAUUAUGAGCUCAAGCAUCUAAUAGCAUUUGCAUUUUUUAAUAGGCACUCGUAAUAAUAAACCCGUGACAAGCAUAUCAAACAUAAGCUCAACAAGCCAACAGCCAACAAAAGUACUUAAAACAAUCAAACAUUUGCAGCAACUUACUCGUAUUUGUAAAUGUAAAUGCAAACGUAAACAAAAACUCGCGCCAUUGUACAUAAAGUGUAAAUAUUUUUUGCAAUCCGCUCCAAUUUGCAAUUACCUGCAGGAGCGUGCAACUAAAAGUUUCUCCAACCACUUAAUAUUGCAUUAUUUCAAUUCGAUACACAAUACAAAAAAAAAGCAAAAACUGAAAACAAGAAAACAAAACAUUCCUCUUCAAAGCAAACGCAAAGUUCAAGUUUUCAUUUAGCAAUUACAAUUUACGACAAAACACAACCAAAGACUAGUCAUUUAAGUCAGAACGUCGCUAUGUACAAACAAGUUAAACGAGAGAUAAAAUAUGAUUAAGCCAGUUAAUUAAUUCGAUUUACGGAUGCUUCAUUCGAACGCAUUCGUUUGGCAUUUAUUAGUUUUACGAAAUGAAAGAACAACUGCAAUAUUGUAUUUUAAAUAUUUAUUCAUUAAACGCACUUCUUUCCACUCCCUUCUACCCCACAAUAACAAUAAUCGUAAUUAGCAUUUAUAAUUAAAAACUCAAACAUCAAGUAAAUAUUAAACAAUGCAAAAGAAAGACGAGCGGAAAAUGCGCGAAAAAAUUACUACGAGCAACACAAAAUGUUCCAAUGUUUAGAUUAGCCAACUAAUUACGUGGAAAUGUAAACAAAACAAAAACAAAUACUUCAUAGUUUUCACAACAAAUUCAUUAACUUGUGCAGAAAUAAUUUAGGCACACAAAAUACAAAGAAAAAAAUAAACAAGAGAAAUAAACAAAAUAAUAAUCAAA